AUGACCAUUGACAAGCCCACUCCAUUUGUGAUCCCGACCGUCGACCUGGCUCCGUACCUGGAGGACCCCUCAUCGGCGGCGUCGGCCAACAUUAUUGAGCAGGUCCGACAGGCCUGCAUCACCAGUGGCUUCUUCCAGAUCGAGAACCAUGGCAUUUCCAGGGACUUGCAACAAUCCGUCCUCAAUGCCGCCGAGGCAUUCUUUGCACUUCCGCUUGAGGCGAAAAAACAGGUCGUCCAUCCGACUUUGAAGAACCGCGGCUAUGAACUCAUUGGCUCCCAAGCACUACAGGAAGGCGCAUUGCCUGAUCUAAAGGAGGGGUUCUACGUCGGUCAGCAUAUCCCCAACACAGAUGAGCGUGUGAAAGACCACCCUCACUUGAUGGGACCCAACAUCUUCCCACCAAACAUCCCUGAAGACGUCUUGAAGAAUCCCACAGAGACGUACUACCGCGAUCUCCUCAGUCUGUCCGGCAAGAUCAUGGAGAUCCUCGCCAAGGGCCUCCCGUACGGCAACGAGGUCUUCGUGCCGUUCAUGUCCAACGACCCCGUCUGUUCGAUAAGACUGCUGCACUACCCGCCGCAAAAGACCAAGGACGUUAGGCAGCUGGGUGCUGGGGCGCAUACUGAUUUCGGGGCUAUCACCCUCCUCAUGCAAGACAUGUCCGGCGGCCUUGAGGUCUUGAACGACACGACAGGGCAGUGGAUCCCCGUGGACCCCAACCCGGAUGCGUAUGUGGUGAAUAUCGGCGAUAUGCUAUCGAUGUGGACCAAGAACAAGUAUAAGAGCGCUACGCAUCGGGUCAUCAACACGAGCAAUAAGGAUAGGUACUCGGUGCCCUUCUUUGUUGAUGGGAAUACUGAUGUGAAGCUCACGCCAUUUGAUGGGAGUGAGCCUGUAGGCGGGAAGGUUCUUACGGCCGAGGAGCACAUGCUGGAGCGGUUUGGGACGACUUAUGGGAGGGCUGAGAAAUUGGUUGCGGCUUCGUCGGGGUCAUGA